AUGAUGGAAGGAUAUAUCAACUCUCACUACAAGAAGGAAACAAAAGUCAUAGAUGCAGUGUACCCUCGAAGCUUUGAUGAUUCGACGUUGGUCCCUGGCAAGGAUGUCUUAAGUAUCGUUUAUGAUAUCUAUACCCUGGUGAAGGAGACUGAGAAUCAUUUAGUUCCAAAAGUCAAUUUGCUCUUUUUGCAUGGAAGUGGCAUGAGUAGAUGUAUCUGGGAAUACUACGUUGCUCAUAUCGUGGAUCAUCGGCCCAAUUGGCGAAUAAAUAAGAUAGUUUUGAUGGAUCAGGUUACUCAUGGGGAUUCUGCCGUUCUGAAUGCGAAGAAACUGGGAGUUAAUUUUGACUGGGUUGAUGGUGCUAGAGACGCUUGCAAGUUGGCACAGAAUGAGUUUUUUGGAGAAGGGUCGACUUACAAUGUGGUGAUUGGCCACUCAAUGGGUGGCUUCCAGGCAUUGAGCUGUGGAGUCUUGAUGCCUAACUUGUUUCAUCUCAUCAUAACGAUAGAACCAGUUGCUCUAAUGUACGUGGGCAAGGGAACAAAGGGCGAAUACACUGUAAUUUCAAGAAAGCUUCAUCGAGCGCUUCUUUCCAAAAUGAAAGAUAGGUUCCAGUCCGAGCUUGAGUACGAGGCAUAUAUGCGUACGAGCAGUUUUUUCGCUAAGGUACAUCCCGAUAUCUUGCAAAGGAUCAUCGAUUUCGAGCGCGUCGCUUUGUCUAACGGCGAGGUGAGGACCAAAAUGGAUCAAAGACAAAACAUUUUAUGUUACAUGACGUUAUUUCCCGCUGCGAAGUGGCUUCUAGGUUCUUUGAAAUUUAUAAGAAGCCCUGUUGUCAACAUACUUGGAGGCGUCUCGAAAUGGACCCCCAAAGAGAACCAGGAAGUUUUGGAAAGGUUCAUCCUGGACUACACUCAAGAUACGGUCCCCAAAGGUGAUCAUUUACUGAAUAUUGAAAAUCCUGAAGAGACGCUAAGCAAGAUUGUUUGCCAUAUUUCAAGGUUUAUGGCGAGUCAAAGUACUAAUGAUCUUGGAAGAGAUCUAACAGUUAAUGAACGGCGAAAUCUUUUCAAUGCAGAGUUUAACAGAUUUCAAGCUCAAAGGGUCGACGAUCGACCUAUGGAACUGGCCAAGUUUUGA